GUGUGCCUACGAGGCGAUGUGGGACACGUUGAGCGAGAAGGCGUGUGCGCAAGCCGGCAUCAGCUGCAGAUCGCCGACGUGGUACUCGCUGCCAGGCCCUUGCCCGCUGAAGAAGAUCAGCGCGGCAACGAACCCGCUGGACGCGAGCCUGGUGGCGAGCAGCGCGGAGGAGGCGAAGAGCGACGCGUGCAGGGCCGCCGAGCCGGGCGGGCGCUGCGAGGGAGAGCCCACCGGGGCGCCCGACUGCGUCUACUCCGUGGAGGACGCCGGCGAGGUCAUGCUGGACGGCCUGGUGGGCACCCUGCCCACUUCGCCGAGUGGUUCAAGGGCCCUUCGGUCACGCGGGAGUACGAUGAGAACACAGACCGGGGCAUUGGCGUCACCUUCUGGGACGGCAGGAAUGACCCAGGGAAGUGCAUGGACAGGCUGAAGCAGGUGCUUGCGAAGUUCGAACAGAUGCACGGGGUCGACCCGGACCUGACCGCAGGGCAGCCCAUAUGCGACUUCGACGGUUGGUACAGCGGCGAGUUCGACGGUGUCUGGCCGCGGAACCACACUGGCGCCGUCGAGCCCUCAAGGGGUUUCGCGUGGGCUGACGGCUGGGCUGGGGAAGGUGGCGAGGAAUACGGGUCAGAGCUGGCUUCGGAAGAGGACGAGGAAGAGGAGCCGGCUGCGACUGCGAUAGAGCCGGCUUCAGAAGAGCAGGGGGACUAUUACGCCUACGUUGGAGCCGACAGUGGGAUAGCUAGCUAG